AUGAGUCUCACUCAGCAGCACCAGGAGCACCCAGGCCUGGCCCUGCCUGGCUGCCACAGAGCGCCUCAGAGAACAUCAGCCUUCUCCCUGUUGCUCUUGCAGGAUCCAUCCCAUCCCUUCCCUCCCUGUGCACCCCGUGCACCCCGUGCAGGCAUGGCGUGGUCGAGCCAAGCGCUGAAAGCCAAGGGCAAACUGAAGUGCGUGGAGGAAGACCUGGAUGACAGCCUGCCAGACCUCCGCUGGCUGAGCGACUUCACAGUUGCCCAGACAGGCCUGCCCCAGUUAUACCCCGGCUCAGACCCCCAGGACUGUUACACCAUGAGUGAGAGUCUGUUCAGUCUGGUCGACUUCGAGUCCCCCUGCUCCCCCCUGGCCGCUGACCCGGCGUGCAAGGGCACCCGUCACACCCCCUGCACGCCCGUCUCCUCCUCCACCUCCUCGACGAUGCACCACGACAUGGCUGUGCCCCCCCAUCUCGCAGGGGACAUCGACUACAAGACCAACCCACACGUCAAGCCACCCUAUUCCUACGCCACCCUGAUCUGCAUGGCGAUGGAAGCCAGCAACAAACCCAAAAUCACCCUCUCUGCCAUCUACAAGUGGAUUACGGACAACUUCUGCUACUUCCGGCACGCCGAUCCCACCUGGCAGAACUCCAUCCGGCACAACCUCUCCUUGAACAAGUCCUUCAUCAAGGUGCCCCGGGAGAAAGACGAGCCAGGGAAAGGUGGGUUUUGGAAGCUUGACCCCUACUAUGCCAACAGGCUCAAGUAUGGGACUUACAAGAAGCGGCGGAUGUCCCCAGUGCAGAUCCACCCGGCCUUCUCCGGAAGAGCCCAGAAGGAAGCACAGCAUGUCGUCAGCCCAGCCACUUCAGCCUGCAGCUCCAACAGCAUCCUGGAGGCCAACAUGGCAUCACAGCAGCUGCUCAAAGAGUUUGAGGAAACCACCAGCAACCAGAACUGGAAUCCAGUGGGUAACAAAGCUGGGCAGAAGCGCAAGCAGCCCUCGCCCAUGCCAACGGCCAAGGCGUCCCGGCUUUCCAGCUCUGCCUUGAUGACCCAGGAGGAGCAGACCGAGGUGGGAUCGCUGAAAGGUGCCUUUGACUGGGAAACUGUCUUUAACACCAACCUUAAUGGAGACUUCUCCACCCUUGUGGAUAUGGAGCUCCCACCUUCCAUCAACCCCGUAACGUGCGACCUGGACUGGACGGGACAAGGGCAGCACAUGGACUGUCCCCAGGGGCAGGAGCAAGUCCUCACCGAAUCCAACCAGUACAACCUGGACUUUAAUGAAACCCUCAUGGCCACUACUUACCUGGAGCAUCCCUGGGAUGAAGGGACAAGCGAUUACCUCUCCAACUGCGUCAACAUUGACCAGGUGUUUGAAGACAUCGACGCCUCUUUGCUGGCAGAUGUGAUCAACCUGAGCAGUCUGGCACGCCUCCUAUAAGACUUUAGGAUGCUCUCCCCAAGCUUGGACUUACAAGGGACAAGAUUUUCUAGAGAUGCCCAUGGGUGACUCUUACCAGCUUUGUUGUAAGGUUACUCCCAGAAACACCAGGGGAGAAAAAAACCCACCACCCCAGGAACUGCCUGCUGUGUCUUUAAAGGACACCUCAGAAGUCUCUAGUUUUCUCAAGAGAAGGAAAAUAACACUACUUAUUUUUUUACAUUUUACUUUUAAAAAAGAAAUGUGAAUUAUAAUGGUUUUUUUUUUUUCCAUCAGGGCUAAAAGUACCUGCUGAAUCCCAUCCAAGGCAGGAGAUUCCUGGUGGCUUAGGACUUGGUAGACUGAAGUGCAAUUUCCUCACCUCUUUGUCUCUCUGUUUCUCUCUGUCUUUCCUUUUUCUGUCUCAGUGCAGUUGGUAGAUGCAGUGUGAUAAUUAGCUGGUAAGCAAAUACAGGUCCCUUCUGGAUUCUCCAAGUUCAACAUCCCAGCUGACUUGUGCCUAGGGAAGAAGAAAAGGUUUAUAAAUUCAGCAAGUGUGCCUCUUUAGAUGUUUUUUAUAUAAUCUAUUAUAUAUUAUAUAUUCAAAGAAAUCUAUAUUUUUUAGCACUAGAAUUUCUUAAGGGGGGAGGGGUAGACUGGAAAUGCAGUUUGGGAGUUGUUUUCUAUUUUCACAGUUUAAAGGUUUUGUGUUCACUGUUCUGUAAAACAAGACCACGCAAAGGAGGACUCCUGCAGCAACAGGAUUCGUGAAGAAUCCAGGAACUGGCCCGGACAGGAGAGGAGCAGCAGGGACCAGGGUGCUCCCAAAACUGGCUUUUGUAUUUUUUUGUACCCAAAAUCCUUGCCGCAGUUGCCAAAGGAUCUGGACCACCCUAAACCCUCUCAUUCACCCACUGACGUAGCCUCUCUCCACUUUUUUGGUCUGAGACUGUUGCUCUUCACUUCUUCAGCUCUUCCAUCAGGCUCCAAGUGCAAGGAAAACCCCACGGCCUGGCCCUCAGCUGGUGGUGGUGGGAUCACUCCACAUCUAACGCUGCCAGGUGGGACUGAGCAGGAAAGAAAUCCACAUCCAGGCUCCAUCCAGGAGCUCAGGCCAAAGACUUGUGUGUGCAACAGGCUCUGGGGACAGCAGUGGAAAUGAAGUCCCGUCCAUCCAGGAGCAGCUCAGGAGCCAGGAGAGACACUGGGAUGUGCAGCGUGAGUGUGGCAGGGUCUGUGCAAGGUAGCUUGGAAAUAUUUUGGGAGCAGAGCCAAGCUCUGCUGAAACCUGACUAGAAGCUCUCAAAAACCAGAUUUUUUUGCCUCUCCUUUGCUGUGGGCUGUGAGAGGUAGAGCAGCCAUUAGGUAGGAGCAAGUAGAAGCUGGAAUUUUAGUGGUGUGUCAUAGACUUGCCAAAAAAAAAAAAAAAAAGGAAGAUUAUAAAUAGAUUCUGUUUUGGUUACAAAAGCACUUAGAAGGGGCUUUGGGAUCGGUGUAGCUGUUUGUAUUGACAAAGCUUCCUUUUCCUUGUUGUUUUUCUUCUAUUUUUCCUGCUUUGGGGAUGAUGUUGAAGAACUGCAGAGUUACUUGUGCAAUUUAACUUUUUUCAUGCAAAGUUAUUUACAAAUUAAAAAAAAAUAAUAAUAAAAAAAA